AUGCGUCGGGGGCCAGCUGGACCAAGGACUUUAUGUAAUGCAUGCGGCCUUAUGUGGGCUAACAAGGGUACACUCAGAGAUCUCAGCAAGGGAGGAAGAAAUCUUUCUGUUGAGCAAAGUGAUCUGGACAUUCCUAUUGAUGUCAAGCCUACUUCUGUUAUUGAAGGGGAAUUGCCAGGAAUGCAUGAUGAGCAAGGUAGUUCUGAAGAUCCGUCCAAGUCCAACAUAGCUGAUGGUUCUAUUGGUCAUGCACUAAAUCCUAGUGAUGAGGAAUUGCCCGAAACUGCAGAAAACUUUCCGAAAGCUCUGCCACAAGGGCUUGGUCAUUCUUCAACAAAUGAUACUGAACAGGAACCUCUGGUCGAACUUUCUAAUCCUUCAGAUACAGAUAUUGACAUUCCAGGAAACUUUGAUUAG